GGCAGGCGCAGGGGAGGCGGAGGCAGGCAGAAGGGUUGUCACGGUGGUCUCCGUAGGCGGGUCUUCUCUCCCGCCGCCUGCGGGGUUCGCGACCCCUGCAGAGGCCGCUGACCCCCGCGCCCGCCACAGCCAUGGCCACGCAGCUGCUGGAGGACAAGCUGACCUGCCCCAUCUGCGUGGGGCUCUAUCAGGACUCGGUGACGCUGCUUUGCGGCCACUUCUGCAGAACCUGCAUACGGGACUGGUGGAGCCGGCGCGAAAUGGCUUGUCCGGAGUGCCAGGAGCCCGUCGCCGACCGGGCCGAGCCGCCCCGCAAAAUGGCCAUCAGCGGCGUGCUCGAAGUUGUGUUCGCGGGGCCGCACCCCAGCCCUAGCUCCGCCCUCGGGCCCGAGUCCCGCCCUGGCGCGCUCUGCCCCCUGCACGGGUGGCCGCUCGAGCUUUUCUGUUGCGUGUGCAGCGCGUGCACCGUGCGCGAGUGUCGUCUCCACGCGCGGGCACGGCUGGACGCCGAGCCCCGGGAGCAAGAGGCCCAGCUGAAAGCCGUGCUGGAGGUCACCCAGCCACAGGCCACCAGGCUGAAAAGCCAGCUACAGGAGCUGCCGCGGCGAAGCAGCCAGAUCCAGAGCUCAGCCUGCACCCUGGCCUCCAUGGUCUCUGGCAAGUUCAGCUGCCUGCUGCAGGCCUUGGAGAUGCAGCAGGCCUUGGCACGGAGGGACGUCGAGGUGGCCAAGACACAGGCACUGGCACCCCAGGACAGGGAGCAACAACUGCGGGGCCACCUGGAAGCCCUGGGUCACUAUGACCUCAGGAUCUGGGACCUCCUAGAGCAGUUGGAUGACCGGACCUUCCUCCAGGAAUCACAGUUUCUGGAGCCCCCAGUACCCCUUGGGCCACUGACUCCUCCCCAGUGGGACGAAGAUCAGCAGCUGGGUGGCCUGAAGGAGUCACUGAGCCAUCAGUGUGACCUCCUCCUGGACAAAAGGGGCCACCCAAGGUUACCAGCUGAGGCUGCAGACCUGGGCCCCAUGGAGGCCACGGGUCCCUUGACAUCAGUCCCAAGCCAGCUUUGUCCGUGGAGGAGGAAACUUGGCAGAGUAAACUAUCGGAAUCUGACUUCUGAUCCAGACAGCGCCAGCCGCCACCUCUACCUGUCUCGGCAGGACCAGCAGGUAAGCUUCGUCCGCGGGCCCCGGGGCCCAGCCUGGCCCGGCAGCUUCGAGCUCUGGCAAGUGCAGAGCUUCCAGGCGGGGUGGCACUACUGGGAAGUGCACACAUCUAACCAUUCAGUGACAUUGGGUGUCGCCUACCCAGCACUGACACGGCAUAAGCUGGAGCCCCAGGCAGACAACACUGGCUGCGGACCCACCUCCUGGGGGUUCUGCAUUCAGGGGGACUGUGCCCAGGCCUCCCACAGUGCAGAGGCCCAGUGCCUCCCAGGUGUGUUUGGAUGGCUCCUGGGCGUGGAUUUGGACCUGGCCUCUGGCUGCCUCACCUUCUGCAUCCUGGAACCCAGGGCCCAGGCCCUGCACACCUGUCAUGCCUUCUUCACCCAGCCUCUCUGCCCCUUCUUCUGGCUCCUAGAGGGUAGGACCCUGACCCUGUGCCCUCGGCCUGAAGCCAAGCUCCCUCCAGAGUCCCAGGAAGAUGCCUCGGGCUUCAGCUAAGGAAGGCACAGGUUGAAGCUCAUGCCUGUGUGCCCAAGAGCCCCUGCCCCUGCCCCUGCCCCAUGGCCACAGCUGUAAUGGGACCAGCUGUUGGCCAGAAGAUGGACUAACGACCAGGCCUGGCCGCUUGGAGAUGGAGGUUCUGCAGAGAGCCCCCAGGCUGGAGUUCACUUUUCCAGCCUCUUGGAAGGAAACAGGGCCUGGGAAGGGAAGAAACUGGGAAACCCCUGCCCCGAGCAGAGCCCGGUUCUGGGUGCUGCCUGGGCCUUAGAGGCUAGUGUGGUGUCCAGGGGCUCCUGUCCUGCAGAAAAGAGCCCUCAUGCAAUGUGGUACACACCACGGAAAGUGGGGCAAGGCAGCGCCACGCCAACUGUAGCUUGCCUCCCGCAGAGCUGGUGUGGGGCGCCAGUGUGUGGGCAGGGGAAGCGCAGACAGUUCCUAGAGAAAAUCUAGAGAAAAGUGAUUUUUACCUCCUCCCUCCCUGGCUCUUUUUUUCCCUGAUUAUUUGGGUUUAUUUUAGUCUCUUUUAUUUUGUACAUUCUUGUGAUUGCCUUUGAUAAACAAUUGUGUUUUCUGCAUUUUUUUAUUGUGACAUAAACAUUUCUCACAGUAUUAAAAUUUGUCCCUGAACCAUUACAGUAUACAUAGUCUUUCUAAGGACUAUCAGAAUUCACUUACCCGUUACUGGUAUCCCUCACUUUCCAAAAGUUUGUGUUAUACCACUUCACUUUUACAACACCUACAGUGGUAUUUGUGUUUGCUAACAGAAGAAAAUCCAAAGAGGAUUUUCACUUUUACAAAAAAAGCCUUACCAUACUACUAUGGGUCUUGUGUAAAAUCGGUGGCAUAGCUCGGACUUUUGAAAACUAGGGACACUCCGCUCUAUGCCACUUUGCUUACAGAAGUUUUCAGAGACGCUCUACAUUCGGUUAGUGGAGGAAACCUGUAUUGGGUAUUCAAAUUGAUUUGUUUGGGGCUAUAAAAACAUUGCUGUGAUGAAUAUUCUUGAGUAGGAAGCCUUGGCCAUGUUUAUGGCUAUGUGUAAAGGCUAACAUACCAAAGUAGAAUUCCUCAAAACAGGAAAAACAAUAAGUACUUGAAAAUUUUAUUUU